UAGCCCAUAUUCCCAAUUUCAAUCACCAAAUCAAAACUUCAAAAAAUCAGAUAAACCCUAAUAAUUUUUCCCCAAAAUGUCGUACGGGGACUACUACAAUUACAUGGAAGACAUGGCAUUUCUUGAUUCAAUCAGCAGGCAUUUGCUGGAUGAAUCUCAGAACCCUCUAAUGUUCACCGGCGCCGACGACGGCGGCCUCCACGACAUGCUAAUGUACGCCGUUCCAGCAGUUGUGGUGAAAACCGAGCCUAUCCCCGAAUUAACGGCGCAGCAAACGGAGAGAGUGACGGCGAGGGGGAGUCAAUACAGAGGGGUGCGGCAGAGGCGGUGGGGGAAAUUCGCGGCGGAGAUAAGAGAUCCGUCGAAGAAUGGGGCCCGCGUGUGGCUCGGGACGUACGAGACGGCCGAGGACGCGGCGUUGGCGUACGAUCAAGCGGCGUACUCGAUGCGGGGAUCGAGGGCGCUGCUCAACUUCCCGCUGAGGAUUAACUCCGGGGAGCCGGCGCCGGUUAGGAUUAUGUCGAAGAGAUCGGCGGCUUCGCCUGAUCAGUCCUCGACGUCGUCUUCCGACACUGGAAAAUCAAGGAAGCGGAAGACGGCGGUGGGUGGUGUUGUGAAAAAGGGGCGAGUUGAAGCCGGUUUACAAUAA